AUGGCUGCCAGUCAAGAUGCCAGCAAGAGCUCUUCUUGGACGAGCUUCUUGAAGUCGAUUGCCUCGUUCAAUGGAGACCUCUCCUCUCUAACGGCCCCUCCGUUCAUCCUCUCGUCGACCUCCCUGACCGAAUACUCUGCCUACUGGGGCGAACACCCCGCGCUCCUCGUUGCGCCGGCGCGCGAGUCCGAUCCUGAGAAGAGAGCGCUGCUUGUGAUGAAAUGGUUCCUGAGCACAUUGCACCAGCAGUACUGCACCCGCAGCGAGAAACUAGGCAGCGAGAAAAAGCCGCUCAACCCGUUCCUAGGCGAAUUGUUUCUAGGAAAAUGGGUUGAAAGCGAGGAUAUCGGCGACACCCAGCUCAUCAGUGAGCAAGUGAGCCACCACCCUCCGGCCACGGCGUAUUCAAUUGUGAACGACAAACAUGGCGUUGAGCUCCAAGGCUACAAUGCUCAAAAAGCUUCUUUUUCUAGCACGAUUCAGGUGAAGCAGUUAGGCCACGCGCUCCUCACUGUGACACCUCCCGGCAAAGACAAGAGCAACCCCGCCGAAUUAGAGACCUACCUCAUUACGCUCCCCAGCCUGCAUAUCGAGUCACUCAUCUAUGGCACACCCUAUGUCGAGUUGGAAAAAACCGCCAGGAUUGCUAGCUCGACUGGCUACAUUGCCAAGAUUGACUUCUCCGGAAAAGGGUGGCUGAGCGGAAAGAAGAAUACAUUCACCGCAGUUCUCUACCAUGAACGCGAAGGGGAGAAACACCCCAUAUAUACUGCCGAUGGCCAGUGGUCGAAUAGUUUCACCCUUCGAGAUGGGCGUACCAAGAAGGACAUAGAGACCUUCACCGUAAGCAACAUGAAGACGACGCCUCUCACCCUCGCGGCGUUGGAAGAACAGGACGCAUACGAGAGCCGACGUGCUUGGAAAGAUGUUGCGUCUGCCAUCGAGCGCGGCGACAUGGAUACUACAUCUGCCGCCAAAUCCAAGAUUGAGGUCGCCCAGCGCCAACUGCGCAAGAAGGAGAAAGACGAAAACAAGGAGUGGCAGCGCCGGUUCUUCCGACGCGUCAAUGAGAAGGAAGACGAGACUUUUAUGCGACUGGCCACUAUGCUCGAUCUUACCACUGGCAAUGGUGCAGGCAUCGAAAGCGACCGGACUGGCGGCGUCUGGAGAUUCGAUAAGGCCAAGGCAGCAGAUGCGAAGCCGCCUUACCACGAGGGUGGGAGCGAGGGAUUGGGGUAUUGA